AAAAAGAUAUAUAAGACGGUCUCGCUCGAAUUCAGAACACAUACGACUUUGAAAUAUUCAUUCAGAAUGGUGGCCAUUUCGAUUCACCCACUCGUCCCAUCACCCUCCCUUGUGACGGGGUACAAUAACGUUGGCUCGUGGGCCAUCGAAGGCGUUGUGCGUCUUGUUGCUGGAUCCCAUCCCGACCACAUCCCCGACUCCAAAGCGGAAGGAAAGCAUAAGGCGUCUUUCACUGCUACCAGCAUUAAAAUUACUCUGAAUGUCGCUGUCGGCACGUUCGUCGGAACGAGGAGCGAGAGCGAUUUGCUGGCUGCUUUAGGUAGUUCGGGAAGUCGAGAUGCAAAGUGGAAUGGAAUUGUGCAUUUGAACAAAGAUCUGGAAAUAAUUCCUCAGACUACGCAUGGAGCUAAUGGCGUUGUCAUCAAAGAAGGUGAACCCGUCGAUUUACCUUUCCGUUUUGAAUUUGGUUCAGCGUUGCCUCCUACCUGUGAAGUCGAACGCGGAAGAUACAAUGCAUUUUCCCGCUACCGUUUGCGUGUCGAUGUACAAGGCCGUCCGCAUGGAUUUAAAAACGUCUUGGAUGCCAGAAAUGUGAAAAUGGAGUACGAUGUGCCUGUGCCUUUCUACGAUGUCGGCCAGGUUAAAAAGCUUCUAAACCCUCAACCGCAAACCUGGAGUGGAUCUACAGAAGAGCUCGACUGGUCCAUCAGCCUCGGGUCUCAGAUUUUUUCUCCUAAUGAAUUCACUACGGUCUUUUUGAAAGCUGCACUUCACCCACGCAACGAUGGUGGGGCAAACCCUACUGCAUCUGAGCCUACUACUCAAGCUGCAGCUAUGCGGACUUCCAACAAACGCUUAGCCCCAGCGCCUUUUAUCCGACGGGCCACCUUUAAACUUUUUGAAGAAGCUUCAAUCCAAACCUAUCAAGUGGCACACACGCCGGCAGCCGCCGCAGUAGCUCCUCACCGCGGCGGUUUUGACUUGAAGCUUCGUCGUCGUAGUAAGGAUUCGACCUUGAUCGAUCGUGACGUUGGCGGUGGAAUGGUCGAAAUUUUCGGCAUUGAUAUUGAUGGAGAAAAUUUGGAACACGGGCAUGAACUGAAGAUUCAGCUUCCGACAAUGAGUCCAGCUUUGCCUACACCGGGGAGCAAAAUGAACGGAAAAGCGCAGAUUGAUCGAAAAAUGUCUACGGGAGAUACCACUGGGAUUGUCCAAAGCAGUGUGCAGGUGAACCCAUCCGGCACCUGGGGCACAUUCCAAGUGUCUCACAUGGCUCGCGUUACCAUUGAGGUUGCUGAUGGACAUACGGUUCUGUGGGAAACCCCAGUAACAGUUGCUCCCUGUACGGCCGCGCAAGCACGCAGCCUUGUCGUUGCUUAUCCAGAUUACCUUAACCUGGCAGAGACUAGCAACCCGUCUUCAGCCACUGCUUCCACUGCAGAGUUGGAGGAGGUGUCCCGUGAAAUAUUGGUCAAAGCUGCACAAAUGGUGAAUGCCGUUGUGCGUCCAGAUGUGCCGUGCGUUAGGGUUGACAGUGAUGCAGCUGUAGCUGCUGUACAGUAAAUUGAAAUACCAAUAAAUGAGUACCAAAUGUUCAUUGAUUAAUGCGUGCAAUGUUUGAUGCAUCAAUUCUAUUGGAGUACAAUGUAUAGUCACGUACAGGGCAAAUCCUUA